CCAAGUCAAUACUACCCCCAAACGUACCUAAACUUAAGCUGGACGUCAUUUGCCGGCAUUGGAACGUGCCUAAUGCAGCCACCCGCCAACGUUCACGCAAUUUAUUAUAAUAUAGAGAAAUACGUAUUCUCCAAGCUCAUUGGGCGAAAUGCGAAGACAAUGGCGCGAGCUACUAACAUACAUUCAUAUGCGAGGCUCGCUACCUAUCGCACCAACAUAGGCAUAGAUACACAUUAUUCAGGUAACAUACCUUGUAGGAGACUAACAGCAGUAUUGCGAAAAGACUACCUAGGGUACUUCGUGAUUCUUUGAGAAAGAAAUAUCAGUUGGUUUUAAGUCACAUCUCCUUUGCCUGUUAGCUGCAUCGCAAUCCGAAAAUGGCUGCUCCGUUGGCUAAGAUCGGCAUAAUCUCGAUCGGGGACAUGGGCGUCGGCAUCGCUAAGCUGCUCGUCGCCAACGGAUUUUCCGUCGCGACCAAUGCCAAUGGUCGAAGCAACGACACCCUCGAGCGCGCCAAGAGCGCACAAGUCGAGCUCCUCGACUCCGACGAAGCCCUCGUCCGGCAAUGCGCCGUGAUCCUCUCCGUCGUCCCUCCCCGCGACGCCGUCGCCACCGCGCAGCGCAUCGCAGACGCCCUCUCCAUCUCCGGCCGGGACAACGAUGAUAAUAAUAACAAUAAUAAUACCCCGCUGUACUUCGCCGACCUGAACGCCGUCUCGCCGUCGACCGUGAAGCGCAUAGCCGCGCUCUUCGACAGCCGGGAGGACGGUCUCCCCGCCCCCGUCCCCGCCCCCGUGCGCUUCGUAGACGGGAGCAUCCUCGGCGGCCCCCCUAAACCUAAACCUGUAGAUGCAGGCGCAGACGCAACAGGAAGUAGUACCCAAUGGUCGCUCCCCCACAUCCCCACCUCAGGCCCUCACCAACUCUCCGCCAUCCCAGUCUUCGGGCCGCGCCUCGCAGCCACCCUCAACGCGCGGCACAUAUCGGGCGCGAUCGGCGCGGCGAGCGGGCUGAAGAUGUGCUUCGGGGGCCUGAGCAAGGGGCUGACGGCGAUCGCGGUGCAGUCGUUCGCGACGGCGGCGCGGCUCGGGGUGCUCGGGGAGCUGCGGGCGGAGCUGGGGGCGGUGCUGCCGCGGCACCUGGAGCUCGCGGAGCGCGGGGUCGUGGGCAUGGCGCCCAAGGCGUACCGCUGGGCGGGCGAGAUGGAGGAGGUCGCGUGCACGCUGGCGGAGGAGGGCGGGUUCGACCCGGACACCUUCGUCGGCGCCGCCAAGACGUAUCGGCUCGUCGCGGACGAUACCGUGCUCGGGCGGGAGAAGGUCGGGAAGCGGGUCAGGGGCACCACGGUGGAGGAUGUGGCGGAUGCGGUGGCGGAGGGGUUGCGGACGAAGAGGAAGAAGAAUGACUGAUUGAUUGAUUAAAAGGGGGGAGGUUUUUCGGAAAGACUACCCAACAUUAGGUAACCUAAGGUACCUUUAUGCUUGAUAGAAUCUACGGAUUGUUAUUUAUUGUAUUACAACUUAGAGCAGGAUCUGUUUCCAGAUGUACUAGGUAAGGUAGGUAGAUACAACG